AUGGAAAAACUCGCUUCCACAUCUGCUAAGAAUGGAAAUGAUCUCUUUGAAAGCGUUGGAAAACUUACAUCCGAUAUCUAAUAGUAUAUCAUAUACUUAGACAAUACCUUCCAAAAAGUAUUUGCAAUAUCGAAAGUCGAACUCGUCAGACUUCCUGAUGAAAAGAAACCUUUGGAAAACUUUAUAGACCUUAUCUUUCAUAUAGCAUGUCAGAAAGGGAUUAAAACUAUUGCUUUUCAUUUGAGAAAAGAAAAAAUUUCUAAUACAAAUAUAUCAAUACAUGAAAACGAAAAGAUUCUGCAGCUCUUAGCGGACUUUCAAAAUUAAAAGGAUUCAGACUAAUAAGGAAAAAUGGAAAAGAAAAUUAGUGCCUUUGCCUUAUAAGACAGUGAUUACAUUGGUAUGAGAAAAAAGCUUAAUUUUUUAUUUUUUGGGAAAGAACACUUUUAAGACUUAACUAUAGAACAAAGAAAAGAAUAAGAAUAAGUUUUCAGUAUUUUCAUUCAAAUACCGAAUUCCAAUAAGAGCUCUUCAUGUUAUAUUUAGAAUAAAAAUCAAACCUUUACAGUGCUAUCUAAUUUUCAAAUAAGAUAAGCACACCUCUAUGAGACUAACCUAUCAUGGACAAAAUAAAAUUCAGAAAAUAAAAAUUAGAAUUCAUCCAAUCUUUAUGAAACUCAUCUAUAAUAGCCAAACUAAAAAUAAGAAAAUAAAAUACAACCUAGAUUAUUUCUUGAAGUUAAAGUGAUAGAAUCAAAAAUUAUGAAAAACAAUUUUACAUAUGAAACUACAUUAACAAUGGACACUCACUAGAAAACUUAGAAUCAUUUAAUGUUUGUUUUUAAUAGUAAAGUGCUUGCCUUUUAGUUUCCCUUAAAAUUUACAAGCAAUUAAUGA